AUGUCCGCGAGCGUCGGGAGCAGGGCGAAGCAGGCGCUGGCGUUCGCCGAGCUCUGCGGCGGCGCGCGAUUCGACCGAAAGCGCUUCAACGCGGUCGACGCGGCGGUGGCGAAGGGUUUCAGCGAAAAGGCUGGGGAUGGGGGUGAGGGGGAUGACGACGACGGGCGUCGACGACGGAACGGCGGUGGGUCGAGCGAGGAGGAGGAGGACGAAGGCGCGGGUUCGUCCGCGACCGCGACGCAUAAAUAUACCAAGUUGUCGGACGACGAGGCGAACGCGAUGCGUAAACAAUUAAGGAUUCGCGUGCAAGGGGCGGAUGGGUCGUGUCCGGCGCCGCUACAAACGUUCGAUGAGCUCGAGAAGAGGUUCAAGUGCGGCGGACGACUGCUCGAACGCAUGCGAGAGGCGAAGUUUUUAGAGCCCACGCCGAUUCAACGCCAGGCGGUACCGAUUCUGUGUGGUAAGAACGAAUUACUGGCGAUCGCGCCGACGGGAAGCGGGAAAACGCUCGCGUUCUUGCUUCCGAUUAUCAUGAAACUCAAGGCGCACAAGGAGGGUGGCGCACGGGCGCUUCUCCUCGCCCCGACUAAGGAGCUCGCGAGUCAAUCAGCACGCAUCCUGCGCUUGCUCUCGCGCGGCGUUAGUGGGUUGAAGUCAUGUCUGCUCAGCAAGGCGACGGCGGGGAACGAUUUUAGCAAGGUGGACGUCGUCGUCGCGACGCCGAUGCGGCUGAAAAUUUUGCUGCAGGACGACAAGAUUAACCUGUCCAAGGUGCUUUAUCUCGUGCUAGACGAGGCAGAUAAGCUCUUCGAGAUGGGUUUCGUCGAACAGAUCGACGCCGUCGUCGCGGCGUGCGAUAACAAGAAGAUCACGAGAGCGCUCUUCAGCGCGACGCUUCCGGAAAAGGUUGAGGAGCUCGCGCGAAGCGUCAUGCCGAGACCGAUCCGGCUCACUGUGGGCGAAAGAAACAGCGCGUCGAGCACCAUCGCGCAACGCAUGGUAUUCUGCGGGCACGAGGCUGGAAAACUCAUGGCGCUUCGGCAAAUCAUUCGCGACGGCAUCAAACCGCCCGUUAUCAUCUUCACGCAGUCCAAGGACCGGGCCAAGGUGCUCGCCAAGGAGCUCACGGGUGACGGCCUGCACAUCGGUCUCAUUCACGCCGAGAUGAGCGAUACGAAACGUGAGGAACAGGUGGAUCGAUUUCGCAUGGGCGAAACGUGGGUUCUCAUAGCGACGGAUCUCUUAGCGCGAGGUAUGGAUUUCGUCGGUGUCUCCACUGUCAUAAACUUUGACUUUCCAGGAUCUCCCACGAGUUACAUCCAUCGCAUCGGCCGAAGUGGACGAGCGGGGAGACCGGGUGCGGCGAUUACGUUCUUCACCGAGGAAGACGCGCAGAGAGGAGAUCUGAGACCGAUCGCGAACGUGAUGAAGAACAGCGGAUGCGACGUGCCGGAGUGGAUGCUUGCGCAUACGGGGGAGAAAGGCAUGCGUCGCCGUAAGCGUAAGGACGGCAAGGAGGAUAACCCCAGGCGCGCUCCGCUCGAUUUACCGAUGGGUGCCGACCCCAAGGUGUACAUGGGUGACAAGAAGAAGCGCAAAAAGCCGGUGCCCGCGAAGACGGGAGACGACGUGGCACCGCCGCUUCCAAAAAAGUGGAAAGGGAAGAAAAAGACGGCACAUAAGUCAUGA